UAAUAUUCGUGCUGAUGUUUUAUUAUCGCAGACUGAGGUGGAGAGAUGGGGAAACUUCAUUCCAAGCACGCUGCAGUGUGUAAAGCCAGAGAAAGUCCAGAAGGGGACAGUUUUGUAGUGAAUGCCUGUCUGGCGAGGAAAGGACUGGACGACUGGCUGAUUAAACAGAAGUAUUACUGCGCUGGCACACGCCUGGAACAGGAGUGCCAGCAGAAAACGAGCUGCGGACCGAAUGCCAGGGACCCAGUGGAGGAUCCUUGUGCUGAGGGAAUUAGUGAUGAUCACUAUCGAUUAGAAGUCGCCCUUCCACCUGAGAAGAUGUGCAGUGCAGAAGAGAAGAUGCAGGAAAAAGGGAGCUUUGCAUCCACAGGUCCCAAACAGCUACAAUUUGAGGAGUUGGAGUGUGCUGUUUCAGUUGAGGAGGACAACCGGCAGGAGUGGACCUUCACUCUGUAUGACUUUGACAACAAUGGCAAGGUCACAAGAGAGGACAUCACCAGUUUGCUGCACACCAUCUACGAGGUGGUGGAUGCCUCUGUGAACCAUUCACCCAGCAGCAGCAAAACUCUCCGUGUGAAGCUCUCCGUCACACCCGACGCCAGCCACAGAUGGAGAAACAGCAGCCACAUGAAUACAGACACGCCUCACCCCAGACUGAAGGCGGAAAGGUGCAUCGAGGAGCCCAGAAGCUCAGAGAAGAAGUCCAGAGCCCUUCUGAGGCGCCAUCACAGUGACCAUCACACACAGCAGGGCUGCCAGAGACAAUGUGUGGAUGAAAACCUGGAGAGAAGAAACCAUUAUCUGGACCUGGCUGGCAUCGAGAACUAUUCCUCUCGCUUUGGAACAGCUGCACCCACCACUGAAGCACCCAAACCCGAGCACGCCUCUCGACCAUCGAACCAGCUCCGUUCCCGUUCCCAGGAGCCGGAGAACGGCCACAACGGCGCGGUCCACCACCACCGUCGCUCACAUACUAUCUCAGAGACUCCUGCCCCUCAGGAUUCCCUUUGUCCUCGCCCCAGAGCCCAGGACUCUGCACAUCACACCCACGGCCUACGAUCCCCCAAGGCCCAGACCUCCUGUGGCAGACUGAUGAAGCGAGCCCCCGCCCCUCCUCCAGCUACGAUCGCAAACUCAGCACCUCACCAGAGCUCAGCGCCCUACCGCAGACACAAGCAGCGACCCAGAGAGGGCCCGUCAGCCCACAAGGCCGGGCCUCUGGCGCGGGCAGCGGUGCCGCUCGUGACCUCUGGGCCAGUCCUGGAAAAGGAGCAAGUGAAGGAGCUGCCCAGUGUCGUGCUCUACAAAAGUGGCCUGGGACAAGUGGUGCAGCGGCACGAGCACCACCACCAUCACGAGCACCAUUACCACUACCACCAUUUUUACCAGUCUUAAGGCCCAGCUGGAAGCAGCCAGAAGUGAAAAUCCAAGCCACGCCGAGCUGGAAUAGGUCGGACUGUGCGACAGCAG